AUGCGAUACAAAAUUAUAAGAGGAAUAGCACGAGGUCUACUCUACCUUCAUGAAGAUUCUCGUCUUAGAAUUAUACAUCGUGAUCUCAAAGCAAGCAAUAUAUUAUUGGAUGCAAAUAUGGAUCCAAAAAUAGCCGAUUUUGGCAUGGCAAGAAUUUUUGGAGUUGAUCAAACUCAAGGAAGUACAAACAGAAUAGUUGGAACAUACGGUUACAUGUCUCCUGAAUAUGCAAUGCACGGGAAGUUCUCUAUAAAGUCAGAUGUUUUUAGUUUCGGUGUUCUACUUUUAGAAAUUAUUAGCGGAAAGAAAAAUCGUAACUUCUGCCAAUCAAACAAGGCACAAGACCUUCUUAGCUAUGCUUGGGAACAAUGGAGAGAUAGUUGGCCAUUAAAAUUACUAGAUCCAGCUCUUGGAGAGUCCUAUACUAUAAAUGAAGUCAUUCAAUGUAUACACAUUGGUUUGUUAUGUGUUCAAGAAGAUGCAGAUGAAAGACCUACAAUGGCGGAAGUGAUUUCGAUGCUAAGUAACUAUUCUGCUAAUAGUUGGUCAGUACCUCCUGAACCUGCAUUUUAUUGUGGUGAAAGUGAGAAGAUGCCGAAAGAGAUAGAAUUGCAACAGUCCGUGACUGUAAAUGAAAUUUCAAUUUCCGAACUCUGUCCAAGAUAA